UUUAACUCGUAAGGAGAAGUGGACGGUUCAUGCAACCCAGUGGCUAAAUUUACAUGGGAGAUGUCGUAGUUCGGUACAGGGACAGCUCGGAGGAUGAUGUCCGACCGCGAUUUUGCAUUGGGAUCGGAAAAAGCGCCGUCCCCGGUCAUCAGGAGGCCGGCGAGAAGAAGUCCGACGACGGGCCAUCGAAAAAAGAAAAUCGAAAUUAAAAGGAGCCAAUCGACGCCGAGAGAGACGAUCGUACCCACGAGUUCGGACGAUGACGCGCAGAUUUUGCACCCACGGCGUAAAUCUCUCACCCCUGACAGGGGUGAGCCGAAGAAGACAAUUAGAAAAAAGCACAAGCUCAAACAGAAAUUAGCAGAAGAUGUUAAAAAAGAUUUCAAAGAAAUCACUAAACCAGAAGUUCCAAAAAUUUCGGAAAUUGAAACCUCCAUUUUGAAAGACAUCGAGCAAGAAGAGAAGACUCAUGAAGUGGACGAUUUCAGCGUGAUAGGACAAUUGGAAAAUGUUGAAACCGAAAAACCAUCACAGGAAAAAGAAAAAUGUGAAGAAAAUACUGCACCGAGCCUUUCUAGUUGGUUUUCGUCCAAGUUUAGCUGGAAUCCCUGGACAAGUAUCACCUCUAAAAAGACAGAGACUGAGAGUGAAGAAGAAGCUUACGAAAUUAUAGACAAAUCGGAGACGCAAGUUUCAGAAUGUGAAAACAGCGAUGAAAACCCGGAAGACGAGGUUGGACAUGAUAACGAUUUCUCUUCUGACUUCGCCAAAAUGGUAGCACUAGUUGAAAUAAAAAAAGAAGAAACAACGCAGAAAGACGAAGGACCGUCCAAUAAAGAAAUUUUCUUCCAUUGCAUUAGAAAUUCCAGAGCAGAAUUUCAAAAAAUGAAGGCAGAAAUGCCUGAAGAGAUGGCGACUUUGAGGAAAAUGUGGAACAGAUGCACCUGCAAACUUUUCAUCAUCCUUAUACUUUGUGGUGUUGGCUCGGUUUCAUUCAAGUUCACGGAAGGGGCUUUCGAGUCAUUUUACAAGUGCGGGGUGAAAAGGGUCAAAAGAGAUUUUAUAGACGAACUCUGGCGCGGGAGUCAUUUCAUGAGGGAAGAUGAGUGGAAAUCUAAGGCCAGGCGGAAGUUGAUGGACUUUGAAAAUCAACUUCAGGACGCAUUCGAAGCCGGAAUGACAACCUACAGCGGGCAAAAAUCGUGGAGUUUCCUAAAUGGGAUUAUUUACGUCUUAACUGUAAUUUCAACUAUAGGGUAUGGUCAUAUUGUUCCGAUAACAACUGCAGGAAGGGCACUUACUAUUGCAUAUGCAAUCAUUGGAGUCCCACUUUUCCUCACGUUGCUUGCCGACUUUGGUAAAAUGUUCACAAGGAUGAUCAAACUGAUGUGGGUCUAUGUGAGACGUCUUUACUAUACUGGCUCUCCUCGCAAAUUUCCAAAAAUGAAGCAAGAUGAAGGUUCCCCUGAUGUCGCUUCAUCAACUGGUUACACAAUAGAUGACGAAUUCAAUCUUCCAAUCACCAUAGCCUUGAUAGUUUUUCUUGCUUAUUUAUUUAUUGGGGCAAUAAUUUUUUACCUCUGGGAAGAAUGGAGUUUCUUUGAAUCAUUCUACUUUGUCUUCAUCUCAAUGGCAACAAUUGGGUUCGGUGAUUUUGUGCCUGAGAAUCAAAUUUACAUGAUGCUGUCAAUAGUUUAUCUUGUUUUUGGCCUAGCACUCACCUCUAUGUGCAUCAAUGUUGUUCAAGAAAAAUUAUCUUCAACAUUUGCACAAGCUAGUGCGAAACUGGGUGCUACAAUAGGCUUUGACUUGGGAGAGGAAUGUGAAGUGAUACAAGUAGAAUCACCCUUACCAGUGAAACCUCAGAGUGCUCCGGCAAGUGUUAGCACUACCAAUCCAGCAUUGGACAUUACCCCACCUAAAAAAGGGAUUCUUCAUAAAGGAAAACAUACCCAAAAUUAGUUUUUAAAUUUAAUUUGACUUUUUUACUUUCUACUAAUUCUGCCCUUUUUUGUGAUGCAAUUUCCUGCUCAAAAUGGAAUAUGAAAAAUCUUCAAGCAACUUGCUCUUAAUUUUAGUUUAUAUAAGGUAAUUGUUAAAAAUUUCUUAAUAACUGUACAUAAC